CCCACACUCGUCGCUGCGACCGUCGGCCCCGCAGGAGGUUCAGUGUGGAUCGGACGGUGGAAAGAGGAAGACGUUAGCGACUCCUUGCUGUGAGAACAAUGGAUAACAUGUCAUUCGGGACAGACGGCACCGACCCCCUCGGGGCGGCGCUUCCCUCGGCCGACGGCAAGCGGAAGGCGCCGCCUGACCCCAGCAAGGUGAUAGCCGUGCUGGGCUCCGGCGACUACGGGCGCGCCAUCUCCCGCCGGCUGGUCAACUCGGGCUACGCCGUCCUCAUGGGCUCCAGGGACCCCAGCAGGAGCCAGGUCAAGAACCUCGUGAAGCAAACGGGCGCCACGCUAAGCAGCCAGGAGGAGGCGCUGAGGGCGGCGAAGGUGGUGCUGGUGGCCGUGGGGAGGGACCACUACGACUACCUGCCCAUCUCGCUCCUGAGGAACAAGGUCCUCGUCGACGUCUCCAACAACACAGAGCGACGCAGAGGACCUCAUUACCGCAGCAACGCCGAGUACCUGCAGGGCCUGAUUCCGGAGGCCAAGGUGGUCAAGGGCUUCAACGUGUUGUCGGCCUACGCACUCGAGAACGGCGGCCUCCAGGGCAGUAAAGAGGUGUUCAUCGCGGGCGACAAUGCGGAGGCGAAGGCGGCGGUGGCGGAGAUGGCCCGCGUGAUGGGCUUCCACCCGGUCGACUGGGGCAGCCUGCAGGCCUCCAGGGACAUCGAGGACGUGCCCCUCAAGUUCAUGCCGUCGUGGAAGCGCCCCGUGGCUGUCGUGUUCGGCCUCUUCGUGUUCCUGUGGCUCCUCGCCUUCCUGUCGUUCCAGAUCUGCUUCAACCUGUAUCUUGGCGGAUGGGAAUGGGGCUGGAAGCAUCUUGGAAUGCAGAACUUCAACCGAGUAAUUGCUAUCCUUGCUCUGUGGACGCUCUCCUUCUGCUACAUUCCUGGCCUGAUAGCCGCCUACAUUCAGCUGUGGCGCGGGACGAAGUACAGCCGCUUCCCCAAUUGGCUCGACGACUGGCUCAAGAUGAGGAAGCAGCUCGGACUGAUCAUGCUCGCGCUGGCUGGCAUUCAUGCUUGCAUAUCCGUGGCUUACAUAACGCCGAAGACGACCGAGUGGGUGUACGAGAAGCCGACGAAGAUCAAGGCGCUGGUGGAGGUCGACAAGAACACGACGGAGACGAAGACGCUCAAGCUGUAUGACUCGGAGUUUAACUGGCGAGGGGAGCUGUUCCUCACCAUGGGAGCCAUCUCGACGUGCCUGCUGGUGGUGCUGGGCAUCUCGUCGCUGCCGUCCGUAACCGCCACGCUCUCCUGGCGCGAGUUCACCUUCAUCCAGAGCAAGCUGGGCUGGGUGGCGCUCGUCGCCGCCUGCGCCCACGACAUUUUCCUCGCCUGGAACUACAUGUUCCUCUACUGGGGGUGCUUCAACACCCUGCCCAUCGGGCCGCAGUAUGCAUUAUACCCAGCCUUCAUCGCAAUCAUCAUGAAGAUCCCGCUGCUGCUGCCACCUGUUGACAACUACCUACAGAAAAUCCGCAAGGGUUACGAGCGCAACAGUAAUUAUGAAUCGGGCAAAGUUGAAGUUGCAUAAGCUUGGCGGCAUUUCAGGUGCUCUUGUGCUGUAAAACGUGAAUCCCUUUUUGUGUGAUGUGUCCCUUUCCCGUGGAUAUUGUAUAGACUUGUUUUUUCAUACAUAAACUAUUAUGUAGGUUUCAUCACAUGUUAUAUUUUCCAUGUGCUAUACGAGACUGCGAGGGUGAAAUGAAUGGAAACUGGUUAUUCAGUUGUAAUAGGAUAAUGUACUACACAUUUUUUUUUACAUUACUGGUGUAUGCUGAUAUUUUCACUUAAUUAUUUAGUAGAAAAUGCACUAAGAGUGUGUUGUAUGGGAAGACACUUCAACGAAAUUGAAGUGUACAAUUUAAAAUAAAAGUAUUUUUGGUACUUUCAACCGUGCUAUAUUUGACAGAAAAUACGAAAAAAUAUCACAAUACCUUUUGUCUCUAAAUGAACGGAAAAUUAGUUCUGAUUAUUGUGCAGUGGUUAAUGUGCAAAGCAAAAGGGAUUACUUGCCAAAACUCCGUUUGCAUUUGAAAUUAAAAGACAAAUACGUGGUUUGUUUCGUGAAGCAAAGUAAAAUGUCUUUAUUAUAUGAAAGGCAAUUGCAACUUCUGUCAAGCCUUUGCGUCACUCUGACUUAUACUGCAGCAGUUCUGUUCUCGUCAGAUCAUUCUCAAAGAAACUGCAUCUGAUUCUGAGAAAAAGUUUUGCGAAGACCGUCUGAAGCUCUGAGGUUCGUUCCACUUUCUGCAUGGUGUGUUUGCCGCAAUGCACUUUUUUGAAGGAUUUCUAUAACGUAUGAUAAUGUAUACGGCAUUUGUUUAUAAUAAAAAAAAUUGUACCUAAAAUAUUUUCUUCGUUGUUAUUGUAUCGAGAUUUUUGUGCAAUAUAUGUACAGUAGCCUUCAUUUUAGCUGCGAUUGGUUGCAGAUUAAAAAUUCUUAUACACUCCUGUACUUAUAUCGAUGAAGAUUGUAUCUGUUAGAAAAAAAAAUACGUAUUUUUCAUUUUUUUGCACCGUGAAACUGCACAUUCUAUUAACAAGAUUUACAGACGUUUUGAUUUCUGAAUAUUUUUUCAUGUGUUAUUACGAUUAAUUGUAAAUGUUCCUAAAGUACUCGACAUGUAGAAGACUGAUUGCGGUUAACGAUAACCAAGUUAUGAUUUUUCAAUAGUUAUGCAUUAUACAAGCUGGAAACAUAGUUUGGUGAAGUAUUUAGCUCCAAGAACCAUUUCAAAGUUCUAGUUGAUUGUUUACAAGUGAUGGUACAACCGGUUUUCAGUAUGCAAUCCUAUAACACUCGUGCAACAAUUGCAAACAAGGAGCCGAGUCUAAAUUUCCUUGUGGACAGAUGUAUAUUCAGAAAAUAAAUGCUUAUCCAAGGCAUACUC